AAUCAUAACGUAAUUUUUAUAGCAAAGUGUAACAGUUCUGUUUGAUGUGUUUGAUUUUAUUCAAUAUACACAUAGAGAAUGGUGACUAACGUUAAAACUGCAUUUGAAGUUAUAUAGAUAUUAAAAGCAGUUGCAUAAAUGGCAUUUUUGAAAAUUAAGGCAGUUUAAAAAAAAGGCUGUCAUCAUUGUAACUGAUAUUACAAACAACUUGAUAUGUGUUGAGGUUACCAAAUUCGCAAUUUUCUGUCGUUAUUUGUAAAAACCGUCAAAGCCCCAAAAAGCUAGAAAAUUACAUAGAAGAUAAAGAUCUGCUGAGGAUGGACUGGUACCUUCUGGUGAUGGUGCUCUCAUUGGGAUUACCGUCUGCCGCUCAGAAAAACUGCUCUUCUCAAUGUUUAACCUGCGCACAACUAAUCUCCGAGGUGGACGGUUCCUUCGAUAGACUAGCUUGCACUUUGGAGUGUGAAGGCAUCUUGCCAUCUACUUCUGACUUAGAAAAAUGCCGGAAAGUCGUGGGAUUCUUUACUAGUUCAACUUCGUUAAACGAAAUGAAUGAAGAUAAUGAAGACACAAUUGAAUCAGAAUCAUUAGACCUCCAAGGCGCUUUGGUUGGUCCGAUAGUAAAGCGAUACGGGGGAUUUCUUAAAAAACUAGACAAAAAUAAAAUAUUCAACUUGGGCUCGAAUGAAAACGACUAUCGCAAAGCCUCGUUAGCAAAGAAAUACAGCAGGAUUUUCAGAAAACCCGGAGAACGUGAUGUGCCUGAAAUCGGACGGGAGGUUUCGCAGCAGGAGGACGGAGCGGAGCUGGACCAUGAUACAUCGGGCAAGAUGAAAAGAUACGGGGGCUUCGUACGGAAAUUUGGCGGAAGAAGGAGCGGGGAGGAGGGCGGGCGGGAGGUGCUGCAGAAGCGUUACGGGGGUUUCUUGCGAAGGAUCCGACCUAAGCUGAAGUUUGUCAAUCAGAAGAGGUACGGCGGUCUUUUGAGGCGCCAUUUCAAAGUAUCCCCUCGAUCGGAAGAGGAGCCAAACUCCUAUUAUGACUUUGAUCCGUAGGUCAUUUUUGGGACCGUAACUGUCAGCGAUUAUUGCAAAUGUACCAAAAUUCUCAGUGUUCCUUAUUAACCCUAAUCUCUUACUUGAAAAAGCACUUUAUGGCUGGGGAGGUGGUCGCAAUGACAUUAGCUUGUAUCUGUGUUUUAGCACAUUCUUUAAGAUAUAUGUUAAUUAUUUAAAUGUAACAUGUAAAUGGGAAAAUUCUGUCUGGCACAUGAAUGUUAAAAUUAUGCUUGUUUAAUCACAAUAAACUGA